GACCUUAUACUUGACGCACACCAACACGACGGAACAGCUGAGUGCUUGAUAGCUACAGUACAGUAGUUUUCUGACACUGCUGCGGGGAAAACACUUGAAAUAAAUUGCCACUCGGACCCUUCAGGGUAAAGGGUCACAUUAGACGGAUAAUGUCUGACGCAUCAGAACAUUCUAAAAAAGUAGAAGAGGAGGAGGAGGAGGUCACACCUGACCCACAGGAACUAUCCGACGACAGCAGCGAAGACGAGGCUGCAGGAGAGAUGGACUUCCUGCGGAAUCUCUUCUCCAGCACCUUGGGCCUUGGCUCAGCAGAUAAAGUUCUGGAUGAAUUGACACUGAGUGGAGUGGCGCACUACAUAAACAGUGGCAAAUGUAAAAACAUUAUCUGUAUGGUUGGAGCAGGAAUAUCCACAUCGGCUGGGAUCCCUGAUUUCCGCUCGCCAGGAACAGGCCUGUAUGCAAACCUGCAGAAAUAUAACCUGCCCUAUCCAGAGGCUAUUUUCCAGAUAGAUUACUUCCAGGAACAUCCAGAACCAUUCUUUACUUUGGCUAAGGAGCUUUACCCAGGACAGUUUAAGCCGACCAUCUGUCACUACUUUAUAAAGAUGCUGAAGGACAAGGGCGUCUUAAGACGCUGCUACACACAGAAUAUUGACACCCUGGAACGAUUGGCUGGACUUGAAGGAGGGGAUCUUAUUGAAGCUCAUGGAACAUUUUACACAUCUCACUGUGUAAGCUCUUGUUGCCGCAAGGAGUACAACCUGGACUGGAUGAAAGAAAAAGUCUUUUCUGAUGAUAUUCCUCGAUGUGACAAGUGCAGUAGUUUGGUAAAACCAGAUAUUGUCUUCUUUGGAGAGAAUCUACCAGUUCAAUUCUUCACUUCAAUGAAAUCGGACUUUCCUAACUGUGAUCUCCUCAUCAUUAUGGGGACAUCUCUGAAAGUCCAGCCUUUUGCAAGCCUGGUCAGCAGGGUUUCAAAAAUUUGCCCCAGGUUGCUUAUUAACAUGGAGAAGGCAGGACAGGCUGAUCCCCUGUUCGGGAUGCUUGGUUUAGGAGGAGGGAUGGACUUUGACUCAGAAAAGGCAUACAGGGAUGUAGCUUACAUUGGUACAUGUGAUGACGGCUGUUUGGCUCUAGCUGACCUGCUGGGCUGGAAGACGGAGCUGGAGGAAUUGGUGAAGAAGGAGCAUGCGAGAAUUGAGAGUGACAAUAAAAAAGAAAAGGCUUCUGAUAGCAAAGGAGCUGCAGCUGCAGCUGCAUCCGAGCCCAGAAAGGAAGAGUAACAAAUUUAAAAAGAAAGAUUUUUUUUUAAAGUACUAGUAGUCUAUCACAAUUUAAAUUCUCAUUUGCCUAAAACUGAACUGCUACAUAACCACCAAACAUGUGAUGGCCCUUGAUUUUACGCUCUUAUGUCAGUCACUUACAUUAUUUUAUUUGUUUCUCUUUUUUGCAUUAACUUUGCUGCUCUGACCUGUUUUUCAUUCUGUGUCAUUGUUCAGUUGUAUCUACAGCUCUACAUAAAACAUGAAAAUGUCCCAUAUGGCUAAUAUGUUAAACACAUUGUUGUGCAAUGCUCUGUUGUGUCAUCAUAUCUUUUCUACAGUAAAUAUUGCGAAAUUAUGUUUGUCAUCCAGCUGUUGCAUUCUAAUAGAAGCUUUUUAUAUUUCAUUUUGUUUUAUUAACAUUUGUUUGUGUUGAAGCUUUAAUCCCAUUGUAAGAUCUGUAAUGUCCUAUAAUAAUGUUUUUACAUAUUGAAAGACUCUAACACUAACCUUGCUUUCUUGAUGAAUUUAGCUUGUGCUUUUCAAAUCUUUGGGAAUAAAGAAAGACAAAAAGCAUAAAAUGCUUGAAAAUGGGGAAAAUGGGAAUAUAAUCUAAUAAGGUAAUCAUUCAUAAUACAAGCAUGGAUUGUUGAUUUUACUAACAAAGGGACUGCUGACACAUGUACAGUACUAAGACACAUGUCCACCUGCAUAGUGCUGUGCUGCUGACCUUUAGCCAAAUGCUAGCAAACAGAUGGCAGGAUGACGCUUUAUAGUGCAGAUGGAUAAUGAGCCGAAUAUGCUGCAACAAUAUCCUUCAAUCAGCCAGAAGCUCAGUCUCAUACCAAUAAAAGCAUCUUGGCUCUAACUGAAAACAAGACGCUCAAGCAAGCAGCAACUGAAUGUGGUUGUAGUAAACCGGAUUUCUUGAGAUUCAAGUGUUAACAUUUGUGCUUAUACAGGUUUCUAUAGGAACAUGUCUCACCAAAUACCUUCAAGGCCCUGAAAGACGACAUAACAUGCUUGUAUUUCUUUAAAAUCUGCAAGAUUAAAAUCUUUUAACACUUUUGUCAA